UUAAUUUUGGUUUGUCAAGCAUAUUGAAUCUAAGGUGUUAAUGGCUAAGAGCUUUGAUGUUAACAUCUCAGGGAAAUUUACAUUUUAACUAGAGACUCCUGGAACUUCAAGAUGGAGCCUGCCAGUGAAAUUUUUGGCAUCAUGAGAGCUCAGUGGAGGAGAAAGAGAAGGCUUUUCUUUGUUCUUCCAAGACUUGUGCAUAUGAAUGAUUUCUUACUCUACCCGUUCAGGAGCAGGGUGGCUUGGUCACAGAGGCUCUUUUUCCCUGUGGCUGUGUCACAGAACUUCAGAGUAGGAGCCAAGUCUGAGCAGAACUUCCCUGGAGAAGAUGCCCUCCUCAUCCACUCUGAUCAUCGUGGUCAUCUUUUUCCUGGAGACCUUGGCUGCAAUGUUGCAGAACGGCUUCAUCGUUGCUGUGCUGGGCAGGGAGUGGAUGCGAUGCUGCACACUGCCUGCAGGUGACAUGAUUGUGGCCUGCCUGGCUGCCUCUAGGUUCUGCCUGCAUGGGAUGGCCCUCCUGAACAACCUCCUGGACUCCUUUAAUUUUCGUUCCAUCGUUUCCUAUUUCAACAUCCCUUGGAACUUUAUCAACACUCUCACUUACUGGCUUACUGCCUGGCUUGCUGUCUUCUACUGUGUGAAGAUCUCAUCCUUCUCUCAUCCCAUCUUCUGCUGGCUGAAGUGGAGGAUUUCUCGGUCAGUGCCCAGGCUGCUGCUGGGUUCCCUGAUCAUAUCUGGUGUGACAGUCAUCCCAGCAGUCACCAGAGAUAUAAUUCUUAUACAGAUGAUUGCCUCCCAGAGUUCCCAUGGAAACUGCACUCUGGCUGAUAGAACACAGACCUUCCAUAGGUACUUUUUGAUGCCUAUUAUAGUGCUGGUAUUGUCGAUUCCCUUCCUCCUGUUCCUGGUGUCCACCCUUUUGCUCAUGUUCUCACUGCACCGGCACUUGCGGCAGAUGAGGGCCCACAGAUCCAGCCCACGUGAUCCCAGCACCCAGGCUCACACCAUGGCCCUGAAGUCACUUACCUUCUUCCUCGUGUUCUACACAUCAUAUUUCCUGUCCCUGAUUAUUGCUUUUAUGAAAAUCACAACCCUGAAGGAUCAGUGGCACUGGGCCUGGGAAGUGGUGACCUAUGCAGGCAUCUGUUUGCACUCCAGCAUCCUGGUGCUAAGCAGCCCCAAGCUGAGAAAGGCCCUGAAGAUGAGGCUUUGGAAAGCCCUGGACAAAAGGCAGUUUAUUUUGAGUUAUCAUUAUCAAUAACAAAUAUCAAUAGACAAGCCCAUGAGUGGGAAGAAUGUGCAAGGUUUUGGCCCCGUCUUUCUUUCUUUGCAUUUCCGUCUUCCUUUUCCACUCCUUCAAUGCCUUUUUAACUCUUUUUCCAUCCUUCUCUAUUCCUACUAUCCCCACCACUGCUCUUAGUCCAUAGUCUGGGUCCCAAACCACCUUGACUAGGAUGGUGACCUAAUUUCCUCACAGGCCUCUCUCACUCUCUAUAUAAGAAAGCCUAAUAAUAUUCUCCAAGCACCAUUGUGGUCUGUACCUCCUUUAGAGAUGUGUAACAGUUGUCAGUUUUCUCUGUGGUCAACAUGAAGGUUUUUUAAAAAAAAUUGUAGAAUAGAUCUUCCCACGCUGUCCACUUUGUGAUGACAACUACCACCCCUCACUGCUUUGCUCUCAGCUCAGUCUCUCUGCUUCAGCCCAGUAAAGCUUCUUUUCAUCUCUCCUCAUGUUCCUCCCUCCAGCCUGUGGUCAUUUGGACCACCUGAAACUUCCUUCUUUCCUUUCUCUGCCAAUCUUUGCCAUGCCCUUCUUUUGUGACCUGCUUAAGGCUAAUUCCCCACAAGGAACUUUUUCAAUUUGAUCCCAUGGGAGGCUGAGGGCAGAUAGGAGUCUUUGCCACUAUAAAUCCUGGCCAUGAUUUUGUGUGUUUACUGCAUGUUGAAUUAAAAAGAUUGUCUGAUGUUAUAAUACUUGUAGGUUUUGGCCAACAGAAGAUAGAGAAGGAAAAGAAAGGAAAUUCACUACAGUUCUUAAUUUUGACAAUCUUUCUCUUUCUGUCCACUCAGCCAAGAGGUGGACCUUUGAUGCUGAUGCCUAGGGUAAUCUUCCCCAAAUUGGUGUGUUUACAUACAAGAGUGUGAACAAACUGAUCCUUUGGAUGUAGGAAGAAAAGUGUGGCAACUUCAAUUUAUUUUUAUCUCAUCC